GCUAACUAAAAUCAGCUAAAGCGUCACGCAGCUAGCGUGCUUGCAUUUUUUUUACUGCCCGGAAUAAAACUUGGAAAAAAAUCCUGCCCAAAAUGUCAGCCACCAAAAACAAACGACAGAAAAUGGAGAACGCCGGCGAGGAAACCAAACCCAAGCCAAAGAAGGUGAAGGCCAAGGGCCAGGAGGACGCGGGCUAUGGUUCCGGGGAGUUCUCCCUCGACUGGGAGGUGGACAGCUACCGCACGGAGUACGAGAGCGAGGAGCACUGGGAACUGCGACGCAGCUUCAUGGUGGCCCACAAGGAGCGCUUCGAGGAGGACCGCCUGGUGUGCCUGGCCCAGACCUUCAUCAACAUGGAGUUCAUGGGCUGCAAGUAUCCCAGCGAGACGAUGCGCCUGGUCGCGGAGCUGUCCAAGGAGAUAGCCGAGGAUUUCCGGCGGAAGCGCGAUCAGCGCCUGAAGCGCACCUUCGUCUCCGCCUCGGACGCCGCGGAGCAGCGGGCCAAAGGGCGCCGGGCGGCGAACUCCCCGAAGGAUAGCUCGAACAGAUUCACACGAGAACGCCUCUGCUUCGGCGGCGGCGAGCCCAUCGAUCUCUUCCAGGGCCUGCGCUUCGGCCAGCUCAUCUUGUUGCUGGCCGGCGGGCGCAACUGCCUGCGAAACUCCUGCACUGUGGCCAAUUGCAAGUACGAGGAGCGCGCCAGCCUGGAUCAGCAGGCCACGGACACGACAAAAUACGCCGAAGUAUUGCUCAAUGACGAGGUGAUAGCCUCUGGCCAGGGGGAGACCCUCAAAGCGGCCAAGACGGCUGCCUUCAAGCAGGCGCUGCUCAUGCUGCAGUCCCACUGCUACAGCAUAAAGCUAAAUGCCACUCGCGAGACCAUCAAGGUGGAGAAGAGCCAGAACGGCGUGAACAUCAAUGUCACCAAGGAGUCGGCAGACAGCCUGGGCGAUCCUAAAUUAGAUGCCAGCAACAAGGGCUACCGCAUGAUGCGUCUAAUGGGCUGGGCGGGCGGAGGAUUGGGGCGCCUGAAGCAGGGACGUGAAGAGCCAGUGGGCUACCUGCUAAAGAGCAAUCGCAAUGGCCUGGGAUCCUUAAAACCCCAGGGAAAUCUCGCCGACUACCGCAAGCUGAUAGAAAACUAUCUGAAUUCGGACGACAUGCGUGACAUGCAGUUUGAGCCCACGUUUUCGAAGGAGGAGCGCGCCUCGUUUCACCAAAUGGCCAACCGACUGGGCCUGCGUUCCAGUAGCUAUGGCACUGGUGAGACCCGUCGCCUGUUGAUCACCAAAAAGGUCAGCUAUGGCGAAAUCCUGAAGGAGGUCCUGUCGCGACGCAAUCCCAAGUUUUGUGAGCGCUACUUUGUGCAGGUGCCCAUGCAGAAGGCCCACCUGUUUCCCGGUCAUGUGGCUGGAUUGGAGUUGGAAAAUGUGUGUGAUUAGGAGGGGGGAAUAGUUAAACUCGUAUAAAAGGAUCUUCUUAAUCAUUAGUUUUAAGCUGCAGGAUAUAAGAAAUACAAGACAAGAAUUUCUAA